AUGUCUAACAUUGUCGGUAUCGAAUACAAUCGUGUAACCAACACGUCUUCGACGGAUUUCCCUGGCCAUUCUACCGAGGACCAUGCCUGGGAUCUCGAAAAGUUCAAGAAAUCCUUUGAGAUCGACAUUUCUUACAUUGCAGGUAGAACUGCCAACUUCGACUUGAAGCAGAUUGACACCUCUAUCGCCAAUGCAUUCAGAAGAAUCAUGUUGGCCGAGGUCCCUUCGGUUGCCGCAGAAACCGUCUACAUUUUCAACAACACCUCGGUCAUUCAGGAUGAGGUGUUGUCGCAUAGAAUUGGUCUUAUUCCAUUGAACGUGGACCCAGAUGCGUUGGUGUGGCUCGAUCCUACCGCUGACGAAGAGAACCGUUACAACGACAACAACACCAUUGUUUUGUCGCUUGAUGUGAGCUGCACGCGUGCGCCCCAUGCGCCCGCCGGAACCACUGACCCAAAAUUGCUCUACAGAAACUCCAGUGUGUACGCUAAGGACUUGAAGUUCGAGCCUCAGGGCCGCCAGGCUGAGCUCUUCAGAGAUUCGCCAGUACAGGCUUGUGAUCCCGACAUCUUGUUGGCAAAGUUACGUCCCGGCCAGGAGAUCUCUUUGAGAGUCCACUGUAUUUUGGGAAUUGGCAGUGACCACGCCAAGUUCUCCCCUGUUUCUACCGCAUCGUACCGUUUGUUACCUGUGAUUGAUAUCUUGGAGCCCAUCGUAGGAGAACAGGCCCAGCGUUUCCAACAAUGUUUCCCAUCCGGUGUGAUAGGAAUCAACGAAAACGGCGAGGCAUAUGUUAAAGAUGCCCGUAAAGACACGGUUUCGAGAGAAGUGCUUAGACACGAGGAAUUCAACGGUAAGGUCAAGUUGGGCCGUAAGAGAGACCACUUUGUGUUCAACGUGGAGUCCACAGGAGCCAUGGCGCCUUCGGAGAUCUUCCUCAAGUCCGUUAGAGUGUUAAAGAACAAAGUGGACUACUUGAGAAACUGUCCCAUCAGCCAGUAG